AUGGAUCAGUCACAACAAGGCAUAUACCAGAACCCUCAGAGUGGGACCAUUAAGACAUUUCAGUAUCUCAAGGGCGGUCUCAUUGGUCGUGGCUCCUUUGGAAGGGUCUAUCACGCUUUCAAUCUUGACACUUGUGAAAUGAUUGCGAUCAAGCAAGUGGAUCUGCCACAAACACUUUCAGAGCGCAACUGCGAUCGACUCAAGACAUCUGUCGAGGCUCUGUUCUCAGAAAUGGAGGUGCUGAAGGAUUUAGAUCAUGAGAACAUUGUUCAGUACCUGGGAUUUGCCCAGAACGAAGAAACGGCCAACAUCUUUUUGGAAUAUGUCUCUGGAGGAUCGAUUGAGUCCUGUUUGAAGCGAAGUGGACCAUUUCCAGAAGCUGUCAUCCGACAUUUCACAAGGCAGAUCUUGUUGGGACUGGAGUACAUUCACAGCAAGAAGAUUGUGCACAGAGACAUCAAAGCGGCUAAUGUACUUGUGGAUGAGCAAGGAGUCUGCAAGAUCUCAGAUUUUGGAAUCUCAAAGCGGAAUGCGCAGAGCCAGGGAGGAUAUGACGAGAACGUUGGUUCGCUUCAGGGCUCCAUCUUUUGGAUGGCACCUGAGAUGGUUACUUCCAAGGCAUAUGGAGCCAAAGUUGAUAUCUGGAGUUUUGGGUGCUUGGUUUUGGAAAUGUUCACAGGACAGCAGCCUUGGAAGGGCUACGCUCCUCAGCAAGCGCUCUUCACCAUUGGAAGCAGUAGUGCCCACCCUCCCAUCCCAGAAAACAUCUCGGAGGAAGGGCAGCGGUUCCUGGCGAGAUGCUUCAUUACAGAUGCCAACCUUCGACCGACCGCCGCGGAGCUGCUUCAGGAUGCGUUCGCUGUGCCACCGGCUAAUUUUAAUUUUAAUGAUUACAUUGAGGGAAAGAUUACCGACUAG